UUUACUCAACAACCAAGAGCAGUGGAGUGAGUCUAAAGAAACAAAAGAUCUGUGAAUUUCUGAGAACUCUCCCGUAUUAUACCAUAGACCAGAGACAGAGAAACAAAAGAAAAAUAACAGCUAUAUAUAUAAUCAGUGAGAGAGAAUUUUGGAAGUUAAUCUAAUCUAUCCAAUCGAGACACAGAGAUCUAGAGAAGAACACCAUUCGUAAGUUGGUUCAGAAGAAGCACAGGUUUUUUACUGUUCUAUUCCAGAAAUUCUAGUUUUUUUUUUCUUUUUCUUGGAAUGAUUUUGUUUCUUAGAUUUUAUGUUAGAAUAUAUUGUUACCUUUAAAAGAAAUUCUGUGUUUCAUUCUCUUAAUUUGGAUCUGAGUAUCUGAUCUCAUUAUGCCAGUAUCAAAAUUAUUCCAAGUUUAUUCGUAUGCGCAAUUAUGAGUAUUAUUACGUCGUAAUUCUCGUGUUUUCUUUAAUUAGACACAAUCAUUCAAUCCUGAAUUCAACUGAAAAUCAGAUAGUUUCAUUAUAAAUUUUCAAACAUAUAGGACCAAACUUGGAUUGUACUCCAGGAAUCGGGUUGGCAACAACAACAAUACUGUACAUAAUAAAAUCCAUUAUGUUUUACUCCAACGAGGCAAGUAGAGUUGGUGAAGUACAACAGGUAAGGUAGGUAUGUUAUUGAAUGAGUUUGAGUGUAACUGUAUACCUGUAUUUAGGACAUGAUGUAUUUAUGAGGUGUUUGGGUUUGGGAAACUGCUCAAUCCCGUGUGUGUAUAUAAUCAAGAUACACAUUUUUUUCCCCUCAGAAUGGUUUGCAAAAAUUGUGAGUUCGCCUAAAUUGUGCUACUUACAUUUUUUCUUUUCUUUUACUAAUAUUGAGAAAAUCGUGUUGGUAUUUUGCUACUAUAUCUUGUUUAUGUAGUUAGUAAUUCAGACAAAAACUUUUUUUUUGGCUGAAGGACUGCUUACUGCUAGCUGCUUAACUGUUGGUCUGCUUCGGUUUGAUUUGAGGUCUUUUUACUUGCUCGCUUUAUAUUCUAAAUCAUAAGUAUGCCUGCUGAUGAUCACAUACUAGGCUGUUUUAAAAAUCAUCAAUUCUGACACAUUGGUUUCCAGUGCUAAUUUCUAUUUUUCCGACAACUGCUUUAUCUAUUGCUUCACUGUGACUUAACUAUGUUGCAUUCUUUUGUUCCCAGGUAGCUAAGCAAUAACUCUUUUCCAAAUGCAUCAUUCUGUUAGGAAGGCAUUGUUAAGGAUCGAUAAUUCGUGAGACCUUGACAGUUCUGUAUAGUAGAUAGAGCAUUCACUAUUGUGGCAUCGUAGUCAUCAUCAAUCUGAGUGGCUUGGUCACACCACCAUGUUAGUGUUUUCUUCUGGUUAUCUUGUAACUAAUUUAAACAAAUAAUACUCAUGAGGAGUCGAUACUUUUUGGAGCGUUUCAAGUGACGUCACUUACAAAUUUUAAUUUGGGCUCCAAAUAGUACCCAAAGCUGUAUCUUUAACUGUGGAGUAUGGGGUGUACUAGCCUCGUACACCUCCAGGAUCUCAGCUGUCCAUCUGACUUGGAGUCCAAAUACCUGGGUUAAACUAAUUUAGUAACUUCCCUAACUUGUGAGCAGUUGCUGUGGAGGGGGAGGCACCGAGACAAUUUCUCAAACAAGAUGGAAGUUCUUGGGUCUCUUAAUUCGAAAGAUGGUCCAAAACACCGCCCAUUGACUCCUCUGAGGAUAAUAAGGGGAAUAUUGUGUUUACUUGUGAUUCUUGCAACUGCAUUCAUGAUGUUAGUUUAUUGUGCACCUGUGACCACUCUUACGCUGCUCAUUUUCGGCAGACGUUAUAGUAGGAAACUAUCAUCUUUCAUUUUUGGUUGUUGGCUAGCUCUGUGGCCCUUUCUAUUUGAAAAAAUAAACAAGACCAAGGUUGUAUUCUCUGGAGAAACUGUUCCUGCUAAAGAACGGGUUCUGAUCAUCGCAAACCAUAGGACUGAGGUUGACUGGAUGUACCUUUGGGACCUUGCUUUGCGGAAAGGACGUGUAGGGUACAUUAAGUAUGUCCUCAAGAGCAGUUUAAUGAAGCUCCCAGUCUUCGGUUGGGCAUUUCACAUUCUGGAAUUUAUUUCAGUCGAGAGGAAAUGGGAAGUUGAUGAACCGGUUAUGCAUCAAAUGCUUUCAACUUUUACUGAUUGUGAAGAUCCUCUGUGGCUUGCUCUUUUUCCAGAAGGCACCGAUUUUACGGAGCAGAAGUGCCUGAGGAGUCAAAAGUACGCUGCUGAGAAUAAUUUGCCUAUCAUGAAGUAUGUGCUUCUUCCAAAAGCAAAAGGUUUUUAUGCCUGCUUGGAAACCAUGCGGAGCUCCUUAGAUGCAGUUUAUGAUGUAACAAUUGCAUACAAGCAUCGGUGCCCCUUUUUCAUAGACAACGUUUUUGGUGUGGAUCCAUCAGAAGUUCACAUUCAUCUUCGACGUAUCCCCCUCAAAGACAUCCCAACUACCGAGGACGAGUCUUCUGUCUGGUUGAAUGAGGCAUUCCGUCUAAAGGAUAAAUUGCUCUCUGAUUUUACUGCUGAAGGCCAUUUUCCUAAUCCAGGGACCGAGGAAGAUCUCUCUACAUUGAAGUGUUUGGUGAACUUCACGUUCGUAAUUGCCAUAACUAGUAUAUUUACAUUCCUAACAUUCUUCUCAUCUAGUUGGUUUAAAUUAUAUGUUGCUGCAAGCUGUGCAUACCUUGCUUCUUCUACCUAUUUCAACUUUAGACCGUUGCCGAUUCCUGUGUUUGUAAAGUCCAUAUUUUGUGGAAAACAUUCUGAUUAAUGAGUGGCUUCACAUAGGUAACAUGUUUUUGCAAUUUUAGUGCAAAUGAAUUUCAUCUGUGAAUUUAUGUCCCGGGACAUUUCCUUUUGGUC